AUGCCGAAUACUUUUAAGGGUGUUGUCGUUGCCGUCGCUGGGAAAUUUGAAGACGGUGAUAAAUUCCCUGGUUGGCUUCGUUACCACGGUGGAGAGUUGAUCAAGAAGGUCGACUCGAGCGUUACACACCUCAUUGCAUCUGAGGACGCCUACAGGAAGAAUAUUGAAGCGGUCCAGCUGGCCAAGGAAUUGGGUACUGUUAGUAUCAUCCACUCCGACUGGCUUUAUGAAUCACUGCAAGAAAAAAACCGCCGACCAAGACCAGUGGUUUCGUACCUUUGGGAAAAUCUUUUACAACUGGAAAUAAGACCUCGGAAGAGGCAGCGACAGGCACAGUCGCCAGUGACCCCUUCCAAGACCACCAAGACCCCCAAGACCCCCAAGACCCCCAAGCGCAAUAAAAUGCUCAAGGACCCAUUUGUCAAGAAGAGACCCACUAAGGGCCAAAAGCCUGCCUUACCUACAACAAACAAGCCUUAUGUUGAUGAAGAGAGCAAAGAGACUUGGGAUGUAUCACUGCAUCGGACUCGCGAAAAUGGCAAAAGCGAGAAAUUGCGACUAGCGAUCUUCCAAUCUUCGAAAGAGCCAUACACCUAUGCAACAUUCGUGAAGUACACCCGGGUUGGCAAGUCGAAUAUUUCCCGUAUUGCGCCUGCGAAGUGCACCCUGGCAGUUGCCCAAAAGGCAUUCAAGGACUUUUUCGCACUUCAGGCAGGAUUGCAGUGGGACAAAAAGAUGGAAUGCGCAAUGGUCUCACCUAAGAAAGACAGCGAGGGAAAUGCGUUGCCUCCUCACGAAGGAUGGUAUCAUAUGCAAAGCGGAAGAAGUAUUCUCUCCGCUUACAUGAAUGAGCCAAUGUCUUCAUCGAGCAUCCCUGACGACGCUUCUACGGUGGAACAACCAACAUUUUCCGGGGCGCAAUUUGACCCGGGAGACUCCAUGCCAUUCGAGGACGAGAGCGGUUUUGAUGGUGAUAUUGACACCACCGACCAUUCUGAUCUCCGCAAUGAGACGCAGAUUGAGCGAAAUGAUCUAAAGUCACCAUCAUCCCAGGGCGCUGUGACUGAUGUCACUGAAGCUCAUGCUGACGAAGGCUCCCUUGUUGUCAACAAGGAUGCUUCGUUUCAGCAGCUGUCUAUUGAAUAA